AUGGGCCUGUUUCGCCAGCAGUCGUGGAGCCGGAGCAGAAUCUCUCUCAGACGACACCGCGACUCGUCCGCUCCUCCCAGUCCGACACCUCCCCUCCCUCCCGCGCUCUUCAGCUCUGUCAACGACAGUCCCCGUACCAUCAGCCGGCAGCUGAGCAUCGACUCCACCGCUGCCCUCUCUACUGCCACGACGAACACGGCCAACGACACACUGGCAACAGCGCAGUCCUCGACACCUGAAGCCUCGACGCCCGACGCCGAACCCACCGACGCAGAGAUCAUGACCGCCAUUCCUGGCAGCUACAUCAACAGCCAGAGCCUCGGCCUGAGCACUCCGACGCCCACGCCGCUGACGCCUCCCGCCGCCAGUCCCCGGCCGCUCAUGAGCCCCAGCCCGCAGAUCCGCUCUCGCUCCCUGUCAACGGGCCACCCGAGCCCGAUCGUCGGCAACCCUCGUCCGCUGUGUGCGCCCGUGUCCCCACGUCUCUCUCCUCGGCCCUCGCCGCACCUGUCUCCUCGCUCGCCUCAGCCGCGUCCCCUGAUGCCUCCGGGAGAAGACGACAUCACUCCCCCCGACACGGCGGACACGUGCACGUUCUCGCCCUCCGACGUCGGGAGCGCAGUGAACCCGACCUCGCACGGCCACGUCGAGGUGAUCCCGUACCUCGUCUCGCACAAUGUCGACCUGCAUCCCGAGUUCACGACGGGCGACAUGCUUCUGCUAGCCGGCGACCGGGGCUUCCGGUGCCACUCUGGCCUGUUGCGCGCGUGGUCCGGCGUCUUCGUGCAGCAGCUCAAGACGGAGCGUUUCGCGCGCGAGCGCGUCAUCCAGUCCCUCGACAGUCCCGAGGACGUGCAUGCGGUUCUCUCGUUCCUGUACGGCCGGGACCGGGCGCAUCUUGCCCCCGGGCCCUCCUCCUCAGGCUUGGGGCUGUACGGCACGCUGCCGAGCAUCCAAGUCGAGGAUGCGGGCUUCAGCCUGGCGCAGUUCCGCGCCGUCCUGGCGUUUGCGGAGAGCUACGACGUGCAGCCCGCCCUGCGUGAUUUGCUCCGGCACGCCGUCGACGCGGAGGCGAAACGCCUCUGCGCCAACCGGCCCAACGGCACCGAUGUCCUCGGCCUCGUCAUGCUUGCGCAUGCAGCCCGCAGCGCGGGACUCUGGAAGGAACUCAUCCGCCGCGCAUGGCCGAAACCGGACGGAAUCGGGUACAGGCCCCCCGGGCCCGAGUGGAGGGCCAUCUCCUCGCCGCACUACAUUGACGAGCCGACUGCGCAGCGCUUGGGCUCGGCGCAGCCGCUGCUUAUCCUCAUCGCCCGCGUGCACAGCGCCACGGGCGAGGUCAAGGUGACCUAUGAGAAGAGUGAGUUGCCAGUUACUGCUGAGGAACUGACAGCAGACGCCGCCAUCGUCACGGGCGGCAAGGACGGCGACUUUGUCACGUCGCUGGGCAUCUGA